GUCACGUUGUUUCGCGUCCAGUCAGACGUGUCAAGGCAGCCGCGGAAGUGUCGGCUUUCUGCUCAACAUGGCUUCAAGCGCGACGAGCUGAAGAAAACCCAGGGCUAUUUUCUAUUUCACCACUCCCGAGGCGUCAAACAAGGAAAGAGGCUUGGGAAAUACGUUCGAGAGCUGCCUAUAUUCAAGUCAUGGUGAGAAGACGCUGACCGUAUCGCUCAGGUCUGAUGCCAUCGCUCUCCAUUCCGCCUGCUAUGGACGGGCACAUCUUUUCACAUUCGGACGGACCUCAGCUGGAUGCCGGGGGGUUCAUCCUCGCACCCCCUAUGAGCCAUGUGUUUGCCAGCAACCCUUGGAGCUUCCCCCAUCAGACCUACAGCUUGCCCUGUCCCAUGCAAUCUGACAACCAGCAGCAGUUUGUCGGCGGCCCGUCAGACAUGCACACGGAUCUGCUUCCCAACGACUAUGACUUCCCGAGUCUGAACCUCGCUCAGAAUGAAGACCUUUCUCUGGACCUCCAUUGUCUGGAUGAUCUGCCGAUCUUCUCUCCUCCGACCGACUCCUUAACCGAAUACACCGCUAAUAACUUAAUCAAUACUGACAUGCCUCCGAACGUGCCCACGAUAUGGGACAUCAAGACACCAGCAUCAGUCCAAGAGUUGAAUUCGAACAGGUUUCAAGGAUUAAACUCGUUAGAUGACAUCACUGCCAUCAUUAAUACCCCCCCUAUAGGAGGUUAUCAGAGACCCCAAACACAGCCAGAAGAGGAAGAGGAAGUUGAGGUGGAGGAGGCAGAGGAGCUAGGUCAUGUCGACACCUAUGCAGACUACAAGCCCUCUAAAUCCAAGAUAGGAAUAUCCCAUCCAGACAGAGUGGUGGAGACCAACACUUUGUCCAGCGUGCCUCCUCCAGAUAUCACCUACACCCUGUCCAUCCCAGAGACCACCAUAAACAGCGGCCAGCUCUCUGCCUUGCAGCUGGAGGCCAUUAUCUACGCCUGCCAGCAACAUGAAGUAAUUCUGCAGAACAACCAGCGGGCCGGCUUCCUCAUCGGGGACGGAGCCGGAGUGGGCAAAGGCCGCACAGUGGCUGGCAUCAUCCUAGAAAACUUCUUAAAGGGAAGGAAGAAAGCACUAUGGUUCAGCGUCUCCAAUGACCUGAAAUAUGACGCAGAGAGAGAUCUCCAAGACAUCGGUGCACCCAAUAUACAAGUGCAUGCCUUGAAUAAGAUAAAGUACGGAGACACAGCUACCUCAGAAGGGGUCCUGUUUGCGACCUACUCAGCACUAAUCGGGGAGAGUCAGGCCGGCGGCCAACUCCGAACGCGUCUGAAGCAGAUCUUAGACUGGUGUGAGCCGGGUUUUGAUGGAGUUAUUAUAUUUGAUGAAUGCCACAAAGCCAAAAAUGCUACAUCCACAAAGAUGGGCAAAGCCGUGCUGGAUCUGCAGAACAAGUUGCCGUCAGCCAGAGUGGUAUAUGCCAGUGCCACAGGUGCCUCGGAGCCAAAGAACAUGAUCUACAUGAGCCGUCUGGGGAUCUGGGGAGAGGGAACGCCCUUCAGGACCUUUGAAGACUUCCUCCACACUAUUGAGAAGAGGGGCGUGGGGGCCAUGGAGAUUGUUGCCAUGGAUAUGAAGGUCAGCGGGAUGUACAUCGCACGCCAACUCAGCUUCUCAGGAGUCUCAUUUCGCAUCGAAGAGAUCAGCCUGGACGAUGAUUUUAAACUUGUGUACAACAAAGCUGCUAAACUUUGGGCGGAAGCUUUGGCUGAGUUCAUGCAGGCCGCUGACGAACUCUGCAUGAGUUCCAGGAAGUCCCUGUGGGGUCAGUUUUGGUCAUCCCACCAGCGUUUUUUUAAAUACCUCUGCAUCGCCGCCAAGGUUCGGUGCCUGGUGGAACUGGCCAAAAAGGAGCUAGAAGCAGGGAAGUGUGUCGUGAUAGGACUACAGUCAACAGGUGAGGCUCGAACCAGAGAAGUCCUUGACGAAAACGACGGACACUUGGACAGAUUUGUCUCUGCUGCCGAGGGUGUGUUUCAGUCGCUGGUCCUUAAACACUUUCCGUCAGAGAAGCAGAGGAGAGAAAAGGGGGCAGGGAACAAGAGGAAACGUAAGCCAAGGGGACGACAGCCAAAGCAACCCCGACACGGCACUGACAUAGGGGGAGUGAUCAACAUCAGCGACGACAGCAGCACAGAGUCUGACGUCUUGGACAGCGACUCCAACUCCUCGCCAGACUCGGUCCAAGACAACAACGACGAUGUGAUCUUCGUCGACCAAACCAGCUACCAAAUGGCACGGUUAGAGGAGAAGAAACAAGGGCUUCUCAACAAGAUCGCUGAGCUGGGAAAAGAACUACCUCUUAACACACUGGAUGAGCUCAUUGAUAAAUUUGGAGGUCCAGAACAAGUAUCAGAGAUGACAGGGCGUAAAGGCCGAGUGGUGCGUCGACCGGACGGCAGCGUCCGUUACGAAUCCCGCGCUGAGCAGAGCCACACCAUCGACCAAAUCAACAUCAAAGAGAAAGAUCGCUUCAUGAAUGGAGAGAAGUUGGUAGCCAUCAUAUCAGAAGCGGCCAGUUCUGGGAUCUCGCUUCAGGCCGACAGAAGGGUGAAGAAUCAGCGUCGCAGGGUUCACAUGACCCUGGAGCUGCCUUGGAGUGCAGACAGGGCCAUUCAGCAGUUUGGUCGCACUCAUCGUUCCAAUCAGGUCACGGCACCGGAGUACAUCUUCCUGAUCUCCGAACUGGCAGGCGAGCGACGAUUUGCAUCCAUCGUUGCAAAGAGGCUGGAGAGUCUGGGAGCUCUGACUCAUGGUGACAGGAGGGCCACAGAGUCUAGAGACCUUAGCAAAUACAACUUUGAAAAUAAAUAUGGCACCAAAGCUCUAGAUAAGAUAACCAAAGCCAUCCUAGGUCAGAUCGAAAGCAAGGUACCCCCUCCAAAGAACUAUCCUGGCGGUGAUGCCAUGUUCUUCACAGACAUGAAGCACGGUAUGAUGGAUGUGGGAAUGCUAUGCAGUCAGUCACGCUUGGGCAUCAACACUGAAAAAGACUGCAAUAUCACAAAGUUUCUCAACCGGAUACUGGGCCUGGAGGUGCACAAACAGAACUCUCUCUUCCAGUACUUCACAGACAAUUUUGACUACUUGAUCGAAAAGGACAAGAAAGAAGGCAAAUACGAUAUGGGAAUACUUGAUCUGGCACCAGGCAAUGAUCAGAUUUAUGAAGAAACACAGGAGAAGUUUCUAACUGCAGGAAAUCCUCAAGAUGGUCAAGUUAUCCUUUAUAAGAUAAGUGUAGAUAGAGGUAUGCCAUGGUUGGAAGCUCUCCAGAAGGCCCAAACUCUCACCACCCCGGAAGAAGGCUUCUAUUUAUCCCAUAAAUUGAGAGGUAACUAUCCAUGCGUGCUGCUAGCCAUGCAAGGCCAGGAGCGCAACAUGAUCAUCUACAAACCAAACAUCGGCAAGCAGGCCCAAGCGGAAAGCCUUGAGAAUCUCCAGCAUAAAUACCGCAAGGUCACUCCGGAGGAGGCGCAGGAUAGCUGGGAAAACCAGUUCACGUUCUCCUUCAGGAAAUGCAGCCAUGCCAACUGGAAUGGGAGAUGCAAAAAGGUAGAGGAGGGUCAUGAGUGCUUAAUGGGGACUCGAUUGCGUCAGUAUCACAUGUUGUGUGGCGCUUUGCUCCGUGUUUGGAAGCGUGUGUCCGAUGUGGUUGCUGACAUCACCAGCUCCAGCAUUCUCCAGAUUGUCCGCCUCAAGACCCAGGACAGCAGCAAACAAGUUGGUAUUAAGAUCCCAGAGAACUGCGUGUCAAAGGUGUGUCAGGAGUUGGCGAGGAUGGAUGCAGAGGUGAAGCAGCGACGUCGAGAGAAGGAGCAGCAAGUUCUGGAGCUGCGGCAGGCUAAAGAGCAGCAGAGGCUGCUGGCACAGCGUCAGCUCCAAGAGUUUUACACCCCGUCUUUGUUCACCGCUUUGCCGACUCCCAACAUGGCCGGCUUGCACACCCCAUACAUUUCCUUCCCCUCGUUCCCUUCCAUUAAAACGCCUUUGGAAGAAAUCCUGGACUUGUCAGUUCCCAAUUCCUCGUCCUCCUCCCAAGCUGACCUGGGUGUGGAGAACCUCUCCAGGCAACCCGAGCCUGCGGUGGACGAAUUCAGCCUCGAAGAGUUUAUUCAAGAGCAGCCGCAGCAGGAGAGCCAGGCCAUGCAGGAAAGCAAUUCAGUUCAGGACAGUGAACUAUUAGACAUGUUACUGUCCUUGAACUCAUUCAUACCAACCCCUAGUCAAACUGUGCCAGCCUCUUCCUCCUCAGAUACACCUUCAACGGUACCCAUGGUCUUCUCAAAUUCCUUCUCUACGUCCUUGUCCAACUUCACUCCCUCGCUCACACCAUCUUCCUCGUCGCACUUAUCUCUCCCCCCGACGGACCAGCAGAUGCUCCCAUUGCCCAACAACCACUGCAGCUCUGAAGCCAUCAUAAACGCACGAGAGGUGUUGAACAGCAUGCUGCAAGGUGGAACAGAACCACGCCAGUCCGUCAUCAAGUACCAACAACCUGAGUGAGACCUCUAGAGUCGCACUCCUGUAAACGCGCACACACUCAGGGCUGUAGUUUGACCACUGCCGGCGUCCUUCUCCGCCAUCGGCCUCUGUUCCACAAGUAUGAAAUUCUGCUUUAGGAGACGGGGUGAAGUUUGGUGUUCAAAAUCCUGAAUUUGAUACACUGGGGCUUCAAAGAGUAUUGCUUUACCAAAAAUAUUUCAAGCGCAGGUCUUGGGUUUUGUUUCGAUUACCACAUCGUAGAAUACACUUUGCUCAAGGUGGAGCAUGCAGGAGUGAAAAGACACUUGAGGUACCAUUUUGGUUCCUUAUUGGAGAAACCCUCCAAGGAAGCUCCAGGUGCCUCAAAUGUUCUUUGAGAUCUUAAAUAUAUAUUUAAAAUGCCUUU